UCUGUCAGGACAUCAAUACAAUCAUCAUCACAAUCACUAUACACACUCGCUUGCAGACAUCACUCUCGCUCUACGUGGCAGCUACCAACAUCCAACCACACGAACGCCAAUACUAUCUCAUCUACCUUCAGGAUGGGUAUCUCAAUCACCCCAGCUGAUCGUCUCAGCCUCAAAUGUGUCAACCAGGCACUACAGGUCCCACGUGUGCUGAUCUGCCCUUCUGGCUUCAAGGAGAGCCUCCAGCCUGGCGAAGUUGCGGACUGCAUUGAGGCAGGGAUCCUUCGGGCAGUUCCCCAAGCUUUAGUCAUCAAGGCACCCAUGGUUGAUGGUGGUGAAGGGUUUACUAAAGCGCUCGUAGCCACGACACGUGGAGAGCUGCAGCACCUCGAAGUCAUGGGUCCCGUCCAUGAAAUGGUCCCUUCCCACUUUGGCUUCCUCGGUGGCAAAGCGACUAAGACAGCUGUGGUUGAGAUGGCAGCAGCAGCAGGUCUUAGUCUUGUCCCAAGGGACCAGCGCAACCCGCUCUACACGACGACAUUUGGCGUAGGCCAGUUGCUCAAAGCUGCUCUCGACGAUGGCGCUGACCAUAUUCUGCUCGGCUGUGGUGACUCUGGUACUUGCGACGGUGGAGUCGGCAUGGCUCAGGCGCUCGGCGCUCGCUUCUUCGAUAGCAAAGGCGAAGAAAUUCCCCAAGCUCGAGGAGGUGCUUCACUGGCAGACCUGACCACUGUCGACGUGACAGACCUUCACCCUCGUCUCAAGGAGGUCAACAUUGAUGUCGCCUGCAACUGGCACAAUGUUCUCUGUGGAGAGAAAGGCGUAGCUCGCGUCUUCGGACCACAGAAAGGCGCAACGCCGAAGGAAGUCGAGCUUCUUUCGUCAGCUAUGGACGGCGUCGCAUUAGUCACUUCCAAGCACCUGGGUCACGACAUCUCGCUCGCCCCAGGCAGUGGUGCCAGUGGUGGCAUGGGAGCCGGACUUCUUCUCAUUGGCGCAACUCUCCAUCCACGUUUCGACAUCAUCACUAAGUUCCUCAACAUUACCACCCUCGUCGCGUCCUCCGACCUCGUCAUCACGGCUGAAGGCGGCAUCGACGAGCAGACUCCUCGUGGCAAAAUACCAUCAGAAGUCGCUCGGAUCGCGAAGUUGCAGAACAUCCCCGUCAUCGCUCUAGCGGGCACGGUAGGAGUCGGAGCAGAGAAGAAUUAUGAGGCAGGUAUCGAUGCUUAUGCUUCGAUCUUACAGGGUCCUGUCACUUUGCAGAUGGCGAUUGCACAGGCUGAGAGGCUGCUUACUGAUGCCGCCGACAGUGCCAUGAGGAUGGUGAUGGUUGGGUGGCAGUUGAAGAAGACCAUGAUGCCUAGGUUCUGGGAGGGUGCUAAAGCGAAGGAGCCUGAAGUGAGAGUCCUUGUGAGGAGGACCAGGACUUUCAACUACUAA